AUGCCCGACGAGCUGGGCGAUCGCGAGGAGGGUCCCACAAAUAGCCGCUUUGGGGGGCGGGACGUCAUCGCGGUGGCCAAGCUGCCGGUCGCGGCGGCGAUGGUGUACAAGUGCGACGGCGAGUUGAUGCCGACCAAGUCGCUAAAGAACAAGCUCGGGCCGAUGCAGAAGGCCGAGCCCGACGAGCCCGCGGUGCCGACUACCUCGGUCGUCGCGGCCGAGCCCAAGGCUGUGCUGGGCGCGGCGGCGAUCGUUUCGCCGCCGACCACGGUCGGACCCCUCCUUCCCGCCCCCACCGACGCCGGCAUUAAGCUGCCAGUGAAGGCCGAGGCCGCGGUGGUCAAGAAGAACACGAUUGUGGCCGUGCGGCUGCCGCGGAAGCCGGCGGCGGGGUGCCUCGUGCCCGCUGCUGUGCGAAGCAGUACCCGUUCCUCACUCUCCCAACUACUUCGCACCGACGUCUUUAGGCGCAUAGAGCCCACGCCUCCACCGCGGCGCAAGAUGAAGAAGAGCGAGCCCCCCUACUACUCGGGGCACGUCACGCCGGCAGGCAAGGGCAAGCAGAAUGUGCUGCCGCCCGGCUACUUUCGGACCGUCAAGGGUGCCAGCGACCGCCACCACUGGAACUACCACGGGCCCGACGGCUGCAUCAUCUCCGAGUCCGCGUCCAAGGCGUGGCAGCAUUUCCGCGAGAACGGGCCCCUUGAAGCCGCCGACCUUGCUUCCGCCGCGCUCAUCAACGUCGCCCCCGCCGCCGCAAACGCCGCCGCCGCUGAGACCGUUGGUGUCACUGUCGCCGUCGCCGCCGCAGACGCCAGCUGCGACACGAGCCAGCAAUUUGGGCAAGACAGCUUCAGCGAUUGGGAGGGCUACGGCAGCGCAGAGGAGGACGGCGAGCUCGCGGGGGAAUUCGCCUCGCUCUACGCGUCGCCCGCCUCGGCCACGUGCUCUCCGCGUUCCCCUUUCACCGACGCCUACUCUGCCAUGACGUCGAAGAGUGCGUCGCCCGCAUUCAGUGCACUGGAAGGGCUCGACGACUUCAACCUGCCGCCGGCGCUGACUGACCUGUUCGACGACGCCUUGCGUUCGCGGUCUCGCACGGCGAGCCCGUUUGCCGUGCAUGCCGACUACCCGCCCGCCUCGCCCCUCGCCGACGGCCUCGGCGAGCUGAAUAGCCCCUGGUCGGACGGGGGCGGCCUCGCGUCCGGCGCACUGUGGCGCGAGGACGUCGUUCCAAAGGACAUCCCGACGCCGCUUGCCGCAAAGGACGCCCCGCCGCUCCACGGCGGCGAUGCCGGGGCCGCCCACGACGAGGCGCCGCCCUCUACUCCCGCGCCCGUGCAGAGCGGCGUCGGAGAGCGCGAGUCGCAGCGGCAGCGCAAGGCGCCGUCGCGCUGGUCCGCCGACCCGCUCUCUGUCCUCAACCUCGGGGGGAGGCUGUCUGAGCUUGAGCAAGCCCGCGGCGGUGGCGAUGCCGGCGGCGGUGACGAUGCCGGGGGCGGCGGACUGCGGCUUCCCGCGCCGCGCGCCCGCAAGAAGAUCAUCGGGCGGGUCAUCGCGUGCGGCACGCCGGGCUGCUCUCGCGGGGCCUACCACGAUGGGCUCUGCUCGACCGAGCGGGCGGGCAAGCGCACCCGCUCGACCACUAACAAGAACGGCCGCAAGCGGUCGCGAGCGGGCCCCCAGCAGUAG